AUGCCUGAUGAGGAGGACUAUCCUUUGUCCUUGCUUGCUUUGAGAUUCUUUAACAAGGUAAUGCGCAGAUCCGAUGAAGAUCUCAAAAAGAUGAGCAAGAAACUCAAUGACAGAUUGCACUUGCUGGACUUGGUUCGGGGAAGUUUUAUCACCCCCGAUCUAGAUAAACCACCAGUGAAGAAAAAAACAGAACCAGUACCGGUGAUAUACCGCAUCACGAAGCUGCUCAAAGCAGGGAUUAAGAUCGAACUGCGGGAGGGGGCCGACAAUUUCUUGGCUGUGAAAUUCAAGAACGGAGUGAUUGAGAUGCCCAAAAUAACCAUCGACUACUUCAUGCACUCUUUCAUGGUGAACUGUCGGGCAUUCGAGCAGUUGGACAACAAAAGCUCCAAGUACAUCACAGUUUACGUCUAUUUCUUGGACUGCUUAGUAAACACAGCCAAGGACGUCGAGUACCUUUACGAACAAAACAUCAUUGACGAUUAUGAUGGGAAGAACAGCGAGGUCGUGCAAUUCAUCAACAAGUUGGGGAAGGAGAUGGAUGUUGAAACCGAUCAGUUUUAUUUAUACAACUUUUUCGUAAAGGUAAACCGUCGUUAUAGGGACAAGUGGAAAGUGCUCAAGCAUAGGUACUUUAAUUCGCCAUGGUCACUCAUUUCGUCAUCGGCAGCCGGUGUCCUGUUAUUGCUAACCAUGUUGCAGACCUACUACACCAUCUACGCUUAUUAUGAGAAUCCUAAAUAA